GACGGAAGGGAGUGUAGUGUCAAAUACAACAAUGGGUAAGCCAACGCGCGCAUACCACGUCAAUUGUGUGUAAUCUGUAGUGUUUUCCGUGCCUGAUACAGGCCCGUCUUCCAUGCCGGGCCGGAAGUGGGCUUAUUGUGCCCAAAGUCAGAGCACCACUCCAAGCGACACCUCCUGGCUUCAGGCUUUUGUAGGCUUGUUUGAACAGGGCUGCCCAGUCGGUGAUGCUGCCAACAAGCCAGCGCAUACCUGGUAGACAGGCCACAUCCUUUCACUCAUAAAUCACAUAGAGAAUUUGGCUGGAUGGGAGCACAUCAUUCAAUUGUGCUUUUUGGUGGAAGGGCUCCACCAAGAUUAACUUGUUUCGAGCAGCCAAUAGAAGAGACAGGAUCUCCAACAUCGCCUCGCUUAAUACCAAAGGGGUCUAACUCAGCCAUGCCACAACGGGUUUCCGAAAACACCAACGAGGGCGAUGUCGAUGACUAUGAGUACAUAAGGCCAUCGGAGUUGGCAAGAUACGAUUUAGACUCUGCACGUCCACGAGGAACGCGGGGACCGCGCCCUGGCAGCUCUCACCCUGGCCCUCGCCGAGAUUGGGACAACGAAAGCGCCGAUGGGACUCCAGCACGCCCAGAGGAGCGGCCAAGCACCUACUCCGAGUUUGAUGACUGGAGGCGUCGUGGUCGCAAGACUUACGAUACCGGAAGCCGUAUACGUCUCUCUGAGCCUGAGCGUCAGGACUACCACGGCCACUCUGAUGUUCUCUCUAGCGGCGGAGAUGAUAAUAUCGAGAGCGACCAAAACAGGGACCGGAGCCUGGGGCGGCGAAAUCCAUACCGUGAAAUCGUCAUGCCGCCCAAGCGCGACGGUGAAGUAAAGAAGCCCAUCAAAGGCAUUCUCAAAAAGCCGACGCCAAAAUUUCCAGAGGACCCCAACCCAACCCGACCAGGCGUUGCUCCUCACAAGGAUGAUAAGACAAAGAAAGACGCUCCUGCGGAGGCCCGAUAGACCAAGAUAAACCGCAGAUUUGUCAACCCAGAGGCGUUGACAAUCGGGAAGGAGCGGUUUGA